AUCGUUAACGGUCGCGGUCACACUGCUAGAAAUUCGCAAGCUUCGGAAAUUGCAUUAAAAAAAUACACAAAGAAAACAAACAAAGUUUAGCGCAAAAAGUGUCUUUUGAGUGUCAGUGCAAACGAAUUAUAAUGGCAGAAGCAGUAAAAGCAGAGCUGCAUUCGACGAGCUGUACAGAGGCGGCCGUUACAGUUUCCGAUUCGAAUUGUCUUGCAGAGAGCGCGUCCCAGAGGCCCCUGGAUGGAGGAGGCGGCGGCGGAGGCGGAGGCAGUGGUAGCGGUGGUCCUCCCAUGGCCAAUCACAAUUCCAUACCCAAGCGAAAGCAUCGCCGCGGAAAGAAGUCUAAAAUGGUACCAAAAAAGACCAAGAACCAAUAUCCGCAGUGGAAACUGGACAUGGCAUCCGGCCAUCAGGGAUCAACGGCAACCACACGCACCAAGCUACUCCGUUCCCGUUCGUUGCUCGUGCCCUACAACACGAAUCGUUUCCUGAUGGAGGAGCACAUGUCCGAGGUGCCCAAAGACGACUCCGAUGACAAUUGCUUUGGCUCCCAGACAGAGGUGCUGUUCCUCUCCAAGGAGUUCUCCAAUGUGUACGAGAGGGCACGCAUAGAGCGCCUGGAGACAAUGAGCAAAGCGGAGCUAAUCCAAGAGUGUUUGCAAAUCGAGGAUCGUUAUUCCAAGGCUCAGAAUAUCUCCAAGGAGUUCGGGGCUAAAAUUCGGGCGCUGGAUGAAAAGAUGCGUCAGCUUACGCGCGAGAAUCAAUUUUUGCGCUCUCACUUCCUUCGCUCGUGCUCCACAGCAGCGGGGCCAGCGGCGGCAGCAGCAGCUGCUGCAUCGCCGCCAUCAGCGGUUGCACCCACUGCCAGCUCUGCCUGCGAGCUGCAGGCACGCCAACAGCCCGCGCAACAGCAGCCCACGCCCAUGGACUCUUCCAGCGAGGACAGCGAGAGCGAUAGCAGCAGCACAACCUCGAGCACCACGUCCAGCACAACCUCGAACAGUAGCGAUGCCCAUGAGAUGGGUGUGGCAGGACUGAACAUUGCCAACGGCCAUGCAGAGAGAAGCCGCUCCCGGUCCCGGUCUCGGUCGCCAAUCCAUCUCAACGGGCAUGCCAAUGAGGAGGAGCGUCUCCGUCUGCUGGAUCCCAAUCCCAUGGAUGAGGAUGGUAACUCCAGCGACGAGCCAAAGAUCGGCGAUGCAACGGACAAGUAAAAAAAAGAGGACGAGGACCCAUCUCUCUCCCUCUUUUAUGUAAAUAGAUUACUCAAAAUAUGUGGUAGAACUUGGCGACAUCUGGACAGACCCCCCUCGUUUAGUUGUUUAAGACAUGUGUAAACGCUUCAAUUGUAUUUUUUUCCAAUCAUUUUUUAUAGCUACACCAUCUUACCCUUACCAUGGAUGUAAUAUUCCAUGGGCGUGCCACAAUUGGCAACGCGUCCAAAUUGUGUGAAAUAUUUUAAGAUGUUGCUUCAUAGCGUUAGCGAUUUUAGUGCAUGUUUUUUUUAUAAAUGAGAACAGAACCGAUUUGUGGAUGAAUAAAAUUGUUGAAUUGUAAAUUCUCCACCCCCAUACAGAUG